CAAAAAAAAAAAAAAAAAACAAAUGAAUAUAUCAAAAGAUAUGGGAUUCACAAAAUUAUGGAAAUUUUGGAUGAUUGAUCAAAAUAAAAAUUUAGGAGCCUAUACAAUUAGUAGACAAAUAUCUAAUCAAAUACUUUAUACAAAGCUACAUUUUAUUUAAAGGUAACCUAAUCAGCUACACUUCUUAAAUAAAUAACUACGGAAUAAAAUAAAGUUGCAUUGAACUCUAAAGCACCUUCUAAAGUCAUAUAAUCAAAACACACUGUCUUCUUCCUCCUUCAACACGAGAAGAGAAGAAAAUCCUUUUUAGGGUUCUGUAGUUGAGUUUGUAGUUGGUUUCCAUGGAGGAUGUCGGUGUGGAGAUCAUUGCAGUGGACAUUAUCAAACCCUCUUCUUCAACUCCAAAUUACUUUCAACUUUCUUUGAUCGAUCAAAUGGCGCCUCCCUCUUACAUGCCCGCCAUUUUUUUCUAUCUUCCUCAGAAUUCUCAAAAUAUUGUUCAUCAGAUUAGGGCUUCUCUCUCUCGAACCCUAACUCGCUUCUAUCCCUUGGCCGGAACCAUGCCUGAGCGAUUCUACGUUGAUUGCGACGACUCUGGAGUUGAGUUUUCUGAAGGCAAAAUUGAUUGUGAGAUUUCAGUUCUCUUGAAGAAUCCUGAAAUCCGCAUUUUGCACCGUUUGCUUCCACUUGUUUUUACCUCUCAUUCUGCUGAUUCCAAGUUUCUGCUCGCCGUUCGGUUGACUCACUUCAUCUGCGGCGGUGUAGCUGUGGCUGUUUGUCUUUCGCACAAGCUUGCCGAUGGGGCUUCUGCUGCUGGAUUUGUUAAAGCCUGGGCCGCGGAAGCUAGAGGAGGUAAUAGUAACUCUAUUUUGGAGCCUAAUUUUGAUGCUGUAAAACUCUUUCCAUGUAGAAAAAUUCCAGGUUUUAAGCGAGGAAUCGAGGCUUCAAAAGAGAAGAUCUCGACUAAGAGAUUUGUGUUUGCCAAAUCCGACAUAGACGUGUUAAAAUCUCUCGCUGUUGGUACCGGUGGUGGCUCCGUUGCGAAACCUCCGUCGCGUGUGGUGGCUGUUUCGGCCUUUAUUUGGCUAAGAUUAAUGGCACUGGCUCGAACAAGACCGGUGAAAGCAAAGGUGUUUGGAGCGCUAUAUCCGGUAGACUUGCGAGCAAGGAUGGAUCCGCCAUUGCCAGAAAAUUCGUUUGGCAAUGUCUCCUGGUUUACAAUAGCAACAUCCCCGGUGGAGAUCAAUGAAGAUUUACCUCUUCUGGUGGCUAAAGUAAGAACCGCUAUACAGGAAAUCGACUCCGGUUUUGUGAAGAAACUAGAAGAUUCAGAACACUUGUUGGAAUUGAUGAAGCAAGUGGACAAACAACUCUCCAGUGGUGAGGUACAUCUCUGGAGCUUUACUAGUUGGUGUAGAUUUCCUGUUUAUGAAGCUGAUUUUGGAUGGGGAAAGCCCACUUGGGUUUGUAGUCCGAGUAGGCCUUUUAGAAAUUCAGUCGUUUUAAUGGAUACUUCUGAUGGUGAUGGUGUUGAAGCUUGGGUGAACUUGAAGGAAGAAGACAUGGCCAUCUUCGAAAAAGACGAAGAGCUUCUUUCCUUUUGCUCGGAUUAGCUUUUAAUGUCGUUUGGCUUCUUUCUGUUCUGUUUCUGAAAUGAAAUCCAAACCCAAAUCCCGAGCCAUUUUUUGCACACCAAACAACAAACACUUCAAACC